AAGAGAAAAAUAAAUGUUGGUAUGGCUAUUACGCUCCCUAAAAAUAGCUAAAAACGGCCGAGUGAAUAAUAACAACAUAACCUUUUUUUUGAUAUGUGUAAAAAUGGAAAAAUAUCUUUUGGUUGAAUAUUUAAGCACAAUUAAAACGGCUAUUAGUGAAACUUUUAAAAAUACUCAACGUAUUAAACUAACUUGUUUUGAUGUUUCAAAUCAGUAUAUCAUUUUGGGAACUAGUAGUGGCGGAAUUUAUGUGUUCAAAAGGUCUCCAUGUGAAUUUCUUAAGUUAAUUCCAAGCAAAGAAGGAACAACCGUUCAAAUAAAAAUAUCUGCAAAUGAAAAAAAUUUAGCUCUAGCAUCUUCUAGGGGAUAUGUGAUAAUUGUAGAAAAUGUUUUUGUUGAUUUCAAUUUAAGACCUCUUUUGUAUACAGAACACGAAGGCAAUACUAUAACUGUGAUGAUAUGGCAUGGAAAUGAUUUAUACUGUGGUGAUAAUACUGGAAAAAUUUCAGUAUCUACAAUAAGUUCAACAUUAACCAAAGCUAUUUUUCAAACUUCCUCUGCAACUUUAAUGCAUCUUGAUUCAACUAUAAUUCAAAUAGAUGUUUACAAAAACUAUCUACUUGUUUCAACUAAAACGUGUACUUAUCUUUGUGAUACAGAAAAAGAGCAAUACAAGCAAAUAGGAAAAAAAUUGAGGGAUGGAAAUUUUGGUGGAUGUUUUUCACAAAGAGAUGCUUCGGAUUAUUCUUCAAAAUGUGAAAUAACUAGAAGUACAUUUAAAACUUUGGGAGAGGAAGGAAACUUCAGUGGUGCUGUAAAUAACAGUGAUGGAAAAGUUUAUUGUGCUAGGCCUGGAGGUAGAUUGUGGGUAGCAAACUUUGAAGGAACAGUUUUGGCGACCUAUCAGUUUAAACAGUCUUUCUGUGAAAAUCCAUCUGAUGUAAUUACCAUAGAAAAUACAAAAGAAGCUAGACUCAAUGUAACUAAAUGUGACAAUAAUAAUGUCUCUAAGGAUUUUAAUUUUGGUAAAGUUUAUCUUUUACGUCCAAACAUAAUUUUUACUUAUGAUAAUAAAGGUAUCUAUUUUUUUGAUAUGGAAACAACUAGCCUCAUAUGCUGGUCUCAUGUUUAUGACAAUAUUAAAGAUAUACAAAUUGUGAAACGAAACAUCUAUGUUUGGAGAAACAAUCUACAAAUCAACAUUGUUUCAUUACAGUCUUUAGAAGAGUUGUUAACAAGUGCUAUAUGUAGCCACCAAUAUUUAUUAUGUUCGGACUUAUGCAUAACUUUUAAUAAUGAAGUUUUGACUUUAAUAGAAAAAUCAAAUAGAAUUAAUGUAUUAUGUCUUCUACCACGGAAAUUAAAAGAAUUAGGUGCCGAAGAUCUUUUAGAAAAAACUCAAAAUGUAUUAGACAAAAUUAGCGAGUAUUAUAAUGAUGAUGAAAAUGAGAUAGUUUUAGUAGAAAAUCAGUAUUCAACAACUUAUUCACCUGAAAAUAAAGUGCAAAAUUCAAAAGUCGAUAAAAAUUUGGAAAAAUCGGAAAUUUUAUAUAAACAAUAUGUACUUAACAAAUCUUACAAGUUAGCAGAAUUAACAGAAAGUAGUAAAAUUCUAAACAGUUUAAAAUUGAAUGAACUACCUCCAUUAUUUGAGUCUUUUAUUAAAUACGUCCAAGAAAAUUAUGAUGAAGAUCCUUCCUUGUGGUGCAAAGAACAGAUGAUAAAACUUUCUUUUAGAAAUUCUAACAACCUUAAUGAUUUAUUACCGAGUACCCUAGAUUUUUUGAGUGCUUCGUUUCUAGAAUUAAACAAUUAUGAAGUAGACUGUUGUAAUUGUAAAUUUCCAUUACCCAAAGCUCAUAAAAGGAAAGUAGAACAUUACAAACUGGCUUGCAAAUUGUACGAUUACACAGAGAACAAAAAAGAAUACUUAAACAACAUUCCAUCUUUAUACAAGCACAAGGCUAGUGAGACAAAAUUUAACCUUUCAUUAAUAGUCCAGUUUAGCGAUAUGUGUUUAUUUAAAGAUUGUGCUAGUAAAAUCACCUUCGAAAAAUGGGACGAAAUUAUAAAAUUGUUUAUACGAUUAAAUAAAGGCAUGUGUUUAAAUUGUGAUGAGAAGAUCGAUUUGGAAGGCAUAUUAACUUGGAGCGAUAUAGGAAGGCAUAUGGUUGAAAUCAUAGGGCCAAAAACCGCUGUUAAAUUAUUAAUGAGGUAUUCUAGGUUUAUUCCAAGUGGCCAGUUAGACAUGCAAUUUUAUCAGAGUUGUAUUUUUUCCACUAUAAGUGAUCAACAAGGUCCAGCUGUCAAGUUUAUUGGUGACAUGAAAAUUAAGGAAACCUCACACAUGUUUGAAGACUAUUUGAAAGGAUUUUUAAGUGCAAAAUAUAUGGGCACACAAUUACCUUUAAAUUUCAAAAAGGCCCAUGAAAACACUGCUAAAUGUUCAAUCUGUCAGAUAUCUUUAAAUAAUCCUGUUUUAAUAGACGUGAAAAAAUGUCACUGUGGUAAUAGUUACCACCAAAUAUGUUUAAGCAGUAAUAAUAAUGUCUGUAAAUUUUGUGUGAAUUCAGCAAGUAGCUAAAUAUUUUAUAAAAUCAUUUGUUUUAACAAUUCUACAGGGUUCUAAAAAAUCAUGUUUUGUUUAAUGGGUUUAUAGGGCCAAAAAAGAUUUUACGGAUGAUUAAGUGUGCUUAAAUGAAAAUAAAACUAUAAACUAAAGCGUG